UGCUCCACUUCUGACCGACUUCCCGGCUGCUCCGCACAGCCCGAGCCCGGCCGAGCAGCAGCAGCAGCAGCCCUGCACGGCUCUCUGCCCCCGCUGCUAUUUCAAAAGAUAAAUCGACAGCAGCAGACUCCGACACUGCGGGAGGCGACAGACCCAGAUCGAGCCUCUGCAACAGCCGCGGAUGCAGCCCGAAGAAGGAGAGAUUUGCCAUGCCAGAUCUGCACGGAGGAGGAAAUCUUGAUAAGCAUGGUGCCUACGCCCCAGGUGUGCGUAUCAACCCUGGUCACGGUGAGCACGAUGGCAGUGGUGGACCUCUACUUGCUGGAGCAGAGCAUGCUGGGAGCUCGGGGUCUUUCAGGACCUAGCGUGUGGCAAUAUGUGGCAGUGUUGCUGGGCGAUUUGGGCUUCCUGCUCGCGCUGCGCUUCGUCUCAGCUGGCGUGGUGUCUGAGGCGCGGUCGCCACGGCGUGGAUUUGCCAACGCCCUCUGGUUCCUGUUCCUGUCCCUGCUCCAGCUCAAGCUCUUCUUCGUCUGCCACAACUACAGGCAGGAGCGUCGGCCACCUGAUCCUCUGGCCAGAAAGACCCUGACGCUGCUGCUGUCCAUCUGUCUACCCUCCCUGUUUCUCAUCCUGACAGGAGCUGACCACAUGACUCCGCAGCGGAGGAAGCAGGAGGUGCGGGGCCGGCUCCUCUGGGUGGUGGUUGACUUGCUGGAUGUGUUGGACCUGCAGGCGGGGCUGUGGGAAGCCCAAGGAGGGUCUGCAGCCGGCACUGGAGGGAUUGUAGAGCAGAGGCUGCCCAUUUGGGCUGAGGGUCUGGUUUUCUUUUACUGCUAUGCCCUCCUGCUGCUGCUGCCGUGUGUGGCACUCACAGAGCUGGGAGCCACUGGUCUGCCAGGACAGAGAGGACCCCGCAAGGAGGCUUUGUACCCUUGGCUUAGCUUGGUCACUAUCAAUAUUUUCACCUUAGCCCUGAGGGGUGCAGGGAUGCUGUGGUAUAGGGACCCCCGCGUGUCCACUGUGUUUCUGGGCAAGAACCUGCUGGCUCUGGCUGUGAAGCUGAACUCAGCCUGGGAGAGACAUAAACAGGAGCGCGGUGCUGCAGGAGGCGGGACUGUGGCAGGAGCAGAACCGGGAGACUCGACCUUGCCAAACACGGGUACAGAGCAGGGAGAGGGCCAGGCCCAGGGGAAAGCUCCUCCCUCUAAUUAUCACACACUGUCUCAUUCUCAAAGCCACUCGCUCUCCCACGUCAGCCUGGAGCCCACAGCGACGCCUUUAGGACCCUCUUUCAUCUCCCAUGAACUUUAGAGAAUCACUCUGAACGUGCACGCGUACGUACAGGCGUGCACCACAACCACAGUGAAAAUUCACGCUGGUAUCACAUCCAAACAGAUAACUGUACUGAAUUUCAGUACAACAGCGGAGGUUAUAAUGCAGAACUGUGGAAUUGCAUUUGGCAAGUUUGGCUUUGUGCACAUCUUGUUGUGCUCAGAAUAACUCUAAAAGCAGUGCCGUGAUUUGUGGAUGUGUAUUUUUAAAAGUCAACACUGUGAACCCAUCUGUCAGAUUGUAAAGACUUUUUCAGAAAUGUGUGCUGAAGUCUGCUAUUGUUCAUCGUGGUUUAAUCUUGAUUUCGCUGUCAUCACGUUUGUGGAAUUGCAUUGUCAGAUUUGUUUUUUUCCCCCCCUUUUUUAAAGAAUUCUGCUUUCCUGAUAAAUAUCUGCUAUCACUGAUUCAUUGCAGCUGUUUAGGGGCGCGAAACAGAAAUUUGUUGCACAGAUUCAUGAGGUUUCAGGAAAAAAAAAAAAAUCAGACUCGACUCUCUUCUGCCAAAAGACCAUUAGAUGCCAAAACACAGCUUCUGACCUUUCAGCGUACAUUUUCUCACUUCACUUCACAGUGCAGAGAAACAGGGAAAACUUUAAUACACAGAAGUGGUGAUUCAUUUUUUUCCUUCAAUACCACAGAGCCAACAUUCAAAAGCCAUCUACCACUAAGAACUCUUCACCGUGCUUCAGUAUGUUAAUGCACAGUCCAACCUGAUGACCCUUUAAAUCAAAGUCUAAUCACGAUUGCAGGUGAUUCUACUUUAAGAUUUCCUUUUUUUACAUGCCCGAAGAGGUACAAUUAUACAGUUUUUCACAAUAUUGUAAUAGGAUGAGGAUCUCAGAUUUUUUCCCCCCUCUUGUAUUCUAUAAUAGAUUUAAUUUUCCCAUGACUUCCCAGAUAUAUUCUGCAGGGUCCCUGCACCAAGGUUGUUCUCUCAUUGAUAUUAUGUACUAGUUUGUCUUGUCUGAAAGAAAAUGUUAAUGAGAGGAAUCAGUCACUUUGUCAUUUAGUUGGAGUGAAAACCUGCAGACUCACGGGCAUCACCGUAGAACAUUGUUUACAAUUUUUAUGGCAUGUUUUAUCUAACUUAAAUGCACAUGAGUUAGGUAGACUUCACUUCAACAUCUGGCAAAUAUACAAAUGUGUCAACGUUUCCUGUUUAAAUCAUCCAGCAGCAAUUUUAACAAACAACAAAAUGUACGCAAGUCAAGUUGCCAGCUACAAAAGACGCUGUUUGCAGUAAUGCAAUCUUUCAUCGGCUGGGCUUAAAGGUGGGCAUCGAGCAUUUUGCGUCAUCUUUGUGUACAGUACAGCUCUUUUUUUACUAAAUUGUUUACCAAGACUGAAUACCAAUGUAAGUAAUCCCUUUAGAGGUUCAAAAUGCAUUUAAAACUCGUGUUUUUUGUGAUCUCUUCUUGUCCUAAAGUGUCAUUCAUUCCAGCCAUGUAUCCAACCGUCAAAUGUCUUUUUUCAUUUUAUAUAUAUAAAAAAAGAAUCAUCUUUUUAAUUCCAUUUCAAAAAUGGGUGAAUCCAUUCAUUCACAAACUUAUCAAGAUGCCGGGCAAACGUUGGAGUGUGGCUCAGAGCGGCAGGCGUAAAGGAUGUACAGUACAGUCAAGUGCCUUGUUUCCUCAUGGUGCAACGAGCCCCUCGGUUCUCGUACACAUUAUGUGUACCAUGUGGAACUUGGACAUAUGCCAUGUGUAUACUGUGAAGUUAUUCCACAGCUGUUUUCAGCUACACCUCCAGGACAGACCGCAAACUAAUAAAGUAUUUCAUAGUCGCCUAGUGUUGACAGUUCAUUGGCCAUUACAAAGAGGCAUUAUUGGCAGAAAAUCGCGCGCGCGCGCACACA